GCUUUCUUUACCCAAAAAAAAAUGACACGACACGCUAUCAUCAUCAAGCUACUCCUUCUCAUCUGCCUCUUUCUCGGAAGAAUCAUGACUCGGGAAUGCCAAGAAGUCCAUUUCAAGAUUGGACUUGCGAAGAUCAACACAAAACCGAACUACGAGAAAGUGAUGCCAACUUGGGUCGAAGAGAAAAGGUGGCAUAAGCACCCAUCCGGUCCUAACCCAUCAGGAAACCGUCACACACCGGUCAAACCCUGAGUCUAUAACAGCACAAUUGUUGCAACAAAAGGAAUCUUAUAAAGUCGAUGCCUGAUAUAUCUUAGUAUUAUUCAUAGGAUAUAAUAAGGACUGAAGCAGCCUAUAAUUAAGAGGAAGAGUACUUAAAGUUACAGAUCCAAUGUGUGUGUGAACUGUGAAACAUAUGUACUCCGAUAAACUAGAUUAUGAAAAUAAAUAUCAUAGAAGAGAGUGGAUGAAGAUAAAAAAUAUAUGGUGUCUUAUUGUGCGGUUAUUAUAGUAUGUUCUACGCAACGAAAACAUCUUCUCCACUUUCUUCUUUCUAAAUUAAUGAAAAAAACCAAAUACAAUAACAAGUUGAGAUUGAAG